CUGUAGCUGGUCCAAACUGUGAAUAUGUGACUCGGUGGAAGAAACCGUUACGUAAAAUGGUUCUCAUCUCUGAGAGAACAAUUUACGAGAAUAGUGUAUCGAGCUACUGUUUUGUGCACCAUUAACAAUAUCGCUUUCUGUGACCGCGGACUAUUUUGAAUGGAUCGAUUAUUUUUCGGUGGCUUUUAUGAGACCAGUGGCUAAACGGCUGUCGCGGGCUUAAUUGAAAGUACGGACUUAAAGGGAGUGACAUUUCUGACAACUGUUCUCGUUCCAGCAACCAGUAGGAGCUUGCUAUGUCAUUUAUCUUCGCCGAUGUCGGGAUGUAAUUUACAAUCAGGUGUAUUGGACAUCGAUACGUGGAGGUCAUCAUGUUGAAAUGUGUAACAAGUGGACAAGCAUGACUCUCUUCUCUUGGAAAGACAACGUACUGUGUUUUGAAGAGAAUGUGCUUCUGAAUGGAUACUCUAAACAUUUGUCUUCCAAAUGAUUCUCGGUUUUGUAGAUGAAUCAAACUCUGUCAAAUCAAGGUGACCAAACGGAGUAACGUAUGUCACGCAGAUACAGAUCUGAACGAAAAGGAACCUUAAUGAAUUAGGGAUAUCGUCAUCUGUAGUUGAUACAAAGUCCUACAGAUCACAAAGAUCACACAGAAAAUAGGUACACCGCCUGUUAAGCUGUCUGGAGUGUUGGGGUACAACACGUGGAACCGACUUCACGACAUCUCAGGGAUUACUGAAUGGGAAAACACUUGGAUUUACCGUUAGACCAGCAGGAUGGUGUUUAUGAUGGACAGUAUUAUUGGGUCUGUAGGACGAGUUGCCAACGUAAAAGUUCGCAAUGAUGACGAUCUGAUUGACCGAGUGAACCAUCUUUACACAACAGGAAUACUCAUCAUCUUCACGGUGGUCGUGAGUGCUCGACAGUACGUAGGCGACCCAAUCAGGUGCUGGUGCCCUGCCCAGUUCACAGGGGCACAUGUCGACUACGCUAAUAACAUCUGCUGGAUCUCCAAUACAUAUUACAUCCCCAUGAAUGAAGUCAUCCCUGUUGAGCAUCACAAGCGAACCGAAAAAGAGCUCACCUACUACCAGUGGGUACCAGUUGUGCUCCUUAUCCAAGCACUCAUGUUCUACAUCCCAUGCAUUAUAUGGAGACUCCUUAAUGGUCAGUCUGGCAUCAACGUGGACAGGAUUGUAGGGCUGGCCAGUGAUGCCCAAUAUGAAAGUCCAGAGAUAAGAAUAAGGACUAUAAAAUACGUGGUGAGGCAUAUUGACAGGUGUUUGGACAACCAGAGAGAAAGUAGGCAUACUUGCUGUGUACAACUGAGACACAUCUUGUCAGCUAAACUGUCUCUUCUUUGUGGCAAGCGGUACGGAAACUAUCUGGUAGCUGUGUAUCUGUUCAUGAAGGUGAUGUACAUAUCCAACGCAAUUGGUCAGUUGUUCAUGCUGAAUGAAUUCUUGUCCACAGAAUAUAAUAUUUAUGGAUUCCAGGUUCUUCAAGACCUCAUCGUUGGUGAUGAGUGGACGGCCUCGCACCGAUUUCCACGAGUGACAAUGUGUGACUUUGACAUUAGACAGAUGCAGAAUAUCCAUCGUCACUCCGUCCAAUGUGUGCUGCCUAUCAACUUAUUUAAUGAGAAAAUCUACAUCUUCAUGUGGUUUUGGUUAGUGUUUGUGUCAAUACUUACCUGUUACAGUUUUGUCUCUUGGCUGUGGCAUAUGGUGUUUCCGACGUCACGGAUGCAGUAUGUGAAAAAGUUUUUAAAAAUCAUGGACCGAUUAGGAACUGGUCCUGACAAAAAGCUAGCUAACAGAUUCACUAUCGAAUACCUUCGACAUGAUGGUGUUUUUACACUUCGCCUCAUAGGCAAAAACUCGAGUGAUAUUGUUGUAGCGGAAAUCGUUUCUGGACUAUGGGACAUGUACAGAAGCAAAAAGUCUAUACAGAUUCGAAACACUACCGGCAACGGUCAUGAUAUGGAAGGAGAAGAUGUGUAAACGCCAGAACCGACGGAUAUGAUGUCAUAUGCACCUUGUGUACUCCACAGUGCCAAUUCGUAGUGGUCUGCUGUCCGUGUGCGUAGAAAUGGCCAACAUGAUCAGGUCAUGACGCUUACAAUGGACGAUGGACGACCGAUGGUUGUUGGACGAAGGAGCCCUGUGAGGCUUUCAGACUGGUUUGGCGCAUUUUAAGCGCCGGGUGACCCUGUAACAUCGGCUGUAGUCCUGUGACCAUAAUUUCGGGUGAAGCCAAGUAGAUUAGGGAAAUGUGCUCUCAUUCGUGAUUUGCUCUGCGUUUAUAUUCGAGACAGACAUAUUUAUGUAGUCUGGGCGAUAUAUUAGUCUGAAUUUCCUUAGUGGCAAUUUAUUGUGAUUCGGUACUCAUACGUACUCUGUUUGUGAUAGAUCAGAUAAAAUGGUAUUUUUUAUAAAUCUAAAGUAAACUUAAAUAUAUUCAGUGGAGAAUUGUACUGGUUGAUUGACGUAUUAAGAAACGUUAUUAAUUCUUUCUCAAUUAAGGUUUGUUUUGUACUAUAAAACGGGAGUAUGGAGUAAUCUGUAAUGCACUUUUUAUAAGUAAUUAGAUAUUAGUAGAAUACCUACAAUGCAGUGUAACAUGAUAUACAAUUUUAUAGAUGCAUAUCAUAAUUUGCUCGUAAAAAAUAUGCUUCCUUCGUAUUUUCAGAUUGUGAUAUCCCCGUAUGUGAUCGAUUGUUGUUGGUUGCUAUGGUUACAAAGAUUGCUCUGAUUGGCUGUUACGGGAAGUGACGGGUUAAAUUCUGGUUGUGUCGAUAUCCAAAUGAGCCCGGCUUUUGCCGAUGAGAGGGUUGUGAUAGUUUGUUUACCUCACGAACUUCUGCUCACUUACUUAGUAUGGAAGUAUCCUAUACUGACCUGUAUAUAGCAGUAAAUUUAAUAUAUUUAUGACCACAACAAAUCAAUACUUGUCCGUCGAAUGUUUCGUAAAAUAAAUGAAAUGGUUGGAUUUGAAGGCCGCUUGGAAGGGUAUUUUUAGGAAUAUAAAGUCGAUUCGGUUGUCGGCCAAAAUGAACAUCUUGACAUUUGCAAGCUAUGAAAGCAAAUACGUCACCCAAACGUUAGGGAUCCUAUACAAAAAUCACUGUAAAUGUGAAGUUCGUUUCCCCAAGCAGCGGAUCAUGGCAGUUAAGGGGGGUACCUCUGCUCAACAAAUACCAGCACGUUGAACAAAACGUGAACCAUGACUUGUAAAUAGAUAAUAUGAAUAUAAGCAACAACUUUGUAAAUAUUUUCCUAUUUGUUUAGACGGGAUUAGACAAACACUACAUCUAAGUGAGUGAGGCAGGUAAAACAUAAUGUCACAUAUUUCAUCUAAAACCGUGACUUUGACAUACCCGUGGCAGUGUUAGCGUCUAAGCAUGUGUAAACGUUUGAAUUGUUUUUUCUUUCGUUUAGCGAAGCAUCGAUUCAGUUCUAGUAUUUAUGUGUUGAAAAUGAAGAUAAUUUUUUAGUCUUCAUUUUGCCGCUGCUACCAGAAUUAAUUACCCUGACGCCAAAGUAAUUGGUUUGUUGUGGUCUUUUGUAUACAAAUGUAGAUUUAAAUGGGCGUGGUUGGCUUUGUUUCAACAUAUAUAAUACUUUGCUAUUUACUUUCCGUUCAGUAGCUAUGCACAACGUGUGCUAGAGAUUGACUUAUAUUUUCGUACAUACGUUACCGAGCUAGUUUGGCAUAUAUUGCAGCUUUGUUAUUAACCUUCUUUACGAUUUGCGUUUUUAUUUCGUGAAGUAUAUAGUUUUUGAUUAUUGAUUACAAAUCAUGAAUGACAGCACAUUACCUUUGUAGAUACCAUAGAGUGUUAUAAACACAGUAAUCGACGAAUAAUACUAACCAUGCGAUAUUUGAGACGUCAGAUCUCUUCCGUGACAGUACCAUUCCGAAACACUGUAAUUACUGCGAUUGCCUAUAAUGUUUGGUUAGUCCUUGUCGGGCCAGAAUCUUCAUACAUUGUAACUGUAACACACUAAAUCUCUGUACACUAUUUUUGUAACAUCUAAUUACUAAAGCAUUUGAUAUUUGUAGUAUCAAAGAAAUACAACGCCUGCCAUUCCCACCUACAGGAGUUCGAACCCGCGGUUUGGUCUCAUGCCAUGAGAGUGGUCAGAACAUGUGAUUGAAGAUUUUGGACUCGACGUUUAGUGUUUUCUUGCAACGGGACAUGGUCGUUGGUUAUGUUCAGAUUGUUCACUUUUCAGCUAAGCUGAACUUGGUGCUGUGUAUAUAUACAGGCACUUGAGUAUUACGAUAUAAAUUUAACAUAUUUUUGCAAGAUCUCGGAUUAUGGAGACUAGAUCAGUUAGCCUCGGUAGUAGUGGCCCAAUAGUUAGAUAGUGAUUUGUGUUCAUACACGAGUAUGUGUGUUUCAGUCGCCAUUCUCAUAACAAAAUCUCAUAACAUUAUUGAUUUCCAAAAUUACUUUGAUUUGGAAAACUAGUCAUUCUACCCUGUAAAUGCGUAGAUAAGAAAUAUAUGUGUCUGAUGUCAUUCAGUAUGUUAUUUUGGAAUGUAAGUACCAUGAGCUUACGAAAGCAUCAGAAUGUAUACAUGUUUUUUCGAGCGAUUUUCAAGAACUUGAUUUGUUAUAUGUACAAGAUUAUCACCAAACACUGCUGCCAUUCAUGUUUUGAAAGUAUGAAAGUUGGUGUAUACAAAAUCGCUGAUUUGUAAAAUCGUUAAAUAUAUUGUCAACAACAAGUAUUAUUGUAAACACCCUUUCGUAAGUUUCAAAAGAAUUUGGAAAUGCUGAUAAUAUAAUGUCAGUGUUUAGACGCUUUUAUGGUAAGAGUGGUUGAAUUUCCAUAUUUUCAUUGUAAUUAUUUUCAUUUCCUUCCGAAUUUUGAUGUGAUUUUCUCCUGCACAUGCACGUGCAAUGUUUUUUAUUGGCCUUGAAAUAAUUUCAUUUCAUUUCCCGUUUCAAUCACCCAUCGUAUCUCUGCCCAAAUAUUGAUCCCAUUGUUUUAUGUAGAGUAUGUUAUAUAUACUUACUAAAUUCCUUUUGAAUGUUGAACAUCUAAGGCUGUUAUAGAUGCAUUAUCUUUGUUUUUUACUAAUUUAUUCAGCUGUUUACUUUCAUUAUCUUCCGCAUUAUCUUUUGCAUUAUUUCUUCAUAGUUGCCCGACAUAUAGCUCAUCUACAUUUGCUUAAAUUCAUUUACUAGUUUAUUGCUUAAUGACAUCCAACAUUGCUGUCGUUUUUCUGAUUUGUUCCGAAAUAUGUGUUAACUACUAAAUAAAAUUGACAAAGUUAUAACCGGCGAUCGACAACCUUGAACUGUGAGAGCGUGUUGUACAAUUUACUGAGACAAACUCAAACGUGCAAUAUUUAUGCAAGAGCAUUUUCGCAAAAUAACUUGUUCUCAGAGACGGGUCUUCGUGAACAAAUUUGUGAUGCUGUUGGGAAAUCCCGUGUUUUUAUUAAUGGAGACAGUUUUGGCACUGAUACAAACUGGUGUAAAAUAUAUCAAGUUAAUACUUUAGGAUCUUUUUCAACGCCUCUUGGCGUAAAAUCAUUGGUAUUCUGGACAAUAACGUAAAUGUCAAAUGAUAGCUGUAAAGAUUGGCUUCAUGGAAUGUGACGAAACGAUAAAAGCAUAAAAGUAAAAUUACUUCGAAAUGUUAUGAUUGGCGUUUUGGACACUAUGCAAACUUUAAUCAUUUUAAACAAAUAUUUGCAACUGCUGUUAGCAGUUCAAGGUUGAUUCAUGGCGCUCGUGACAAAGUCUUCCGUUCCCAGCGGUCAAAUAUGCGUCACUGUGUGUUCUGUUUUCUUCUCUGCAAAUGUUGUGUAGACUCGUACCAAAGACCUAGAAGGUUCAACGUCCUAACAUUGUAAAUGCCCAGGCUGAAUCCCUUGGAGGUCGGUGAACACGUAAUCGACGUAUGUGUUCCUUGUAAAUCUGACAUCGAUAUUCAGGGGUCAUUUGGGUUCAGACAAAGUUCCAAAUUCACAAACUGGCACGCAUGUUCUUGAGAACCAUUCCUCUGGUUGGCCUGGAAUUGAACCAUUUUUGACUUAUGCAUACCAACAUGACACCCUUCUGAAUAUAGCGUUAUCGCCAUCAUCUGUAUCGAUAUACCUAUUUAUCGCUAGUGCUGUUGGACGCUUGCCAUUUGGCGAGGUAAGACCGGACUGCCAGAAAAUGAACCUCCAUAUAAGUGCCUUUCAUCUCUACACAACUAUGCAUGAACUCGCCAAUGUUACUGCUUUGUUGUUAUUUAUUUGUUUAUUGUCAUUAGUUAGCACUGCUAUGCAACUCGAGAAGACCUUUCAGCAAUCGGCUGUGAUACGAAGUUUGGUUAAAUCAAUUGAACAUAUGAUCUACAGUAGGUAGCGAGUAUCUUGUCGUUGUUUAAACAUUAUGGUUUGUAAUUUAUGCAUUUAAUAUAGUUUAUUUAAUAUGUUUUACUAUGUACAAAAGAUUUGUAAAUUUCAUUACCGUUUUCAUUAAAUUAUUUCCAAUUAUAUGCCAAAAAAGUGCAAUAUCCUUGAAAGUCAAUCCUUCGUGACCCGCUGUGACUCACCUGAUUAAAAUAAUAUCAAACAGUUCUAGUCACGCUGUUUCGCAUGUGUAGUCUCAUGACAGGUGGUGUUUUCGUCUUUGAGACAAUCAAAUGAAUUUUCUACCAAGAAAAUAUUUUUAUGAUCUUCCAAACUGCACACGUCGUAUUCAGGUGAGCUAAUAGCAUUGCGCAUGCGUGUGUUUGAUAUCAUUAUCAGUCAACUUUCAAGUGUGUGGGCCAAACGAGGUACAUUGCAUCUUGUUAAAACGACAUAUAAUAAACAUUUUUAAAUUUCAAAA